CAAAAUAAAGUAAAACCUCAAACACUUUCACUUCGCAGUCGCUCUAGGCUCAGAUUCUGAGGUAUAGAGAGCGAGAGAGAACACAGCGAAACCCAAAAAUGGCGACAGCUCUGGCAAACAGAGCUGCGAGCGAUCGAAGCCAAAGCCUCUUGAAGCUCUCUUUCAACUUCCUCAGAAGCUUCAGUACUGCUUCAGCGAAUAACCCUACUACUACUGCUUCAUCUUCUUCCUCGGCCUCCAAAAAACCCAAACGAAAAAAGAAGAAGAACCUGUUCGAGGUGGCUCAGUUUUUGCCCAAUUGGGGACUCGGAUACCACAUGGCCAAGACUCACUGGACUGGCGUCUCUUACCAGAUCACCAAGAUCAAUCUCUACAAGGAUGGUAAGCAUGGCAAGGCGUGGGGAAUUGUUCAUAAGGAAGGCAUGGCAGCGGCAGAUGCACCAAAGAAAAUAAGUGGAGUUCACAAGCGUUGUUGGAGGUACAUUCCAAACUUAACAAAAUCAACAGAAAGUGCUCCCAACUUGACUAAAUCUCCAGAAACUGUCCCAAAAACGGAGGCUCAAGUGUCUUGAUGCAUAUCAAUUAGUAAUAGGUGUUGCUUGCCUAACCACUCAUACUCCGAUAUCCUUGUUUAGUUGAUGCCCAGUGAUUUCAAGUUCUUCUCCAUCGGCAUAGUUAUCUUUGGAUGUCGUUUGUUUCCAAAUCAGUUAUUUCUGGAUGUAUUUGAUUUUUUUUUUGUAACAUCCCUGUGCAUGGAAAGCCAGACUUUCGGCAAUGCAAACAGAAAUAUGUUUGUUAUAAGUGAAAAGCUUGAGCUAGAUGGAUUUAGUUUUCUAAAA